UCCAUCAAUUGAGUGCAGCUUUCAGUUUCAAAAUUUUCAGUUUAUUCAGAUUUUUCGUUUUCAAUAUUGCAAAUUUUUAAUAAAUCAUGUUCAGAUUAUGGUGAUAAUGGAUGUAAAGGUACUUCAACCGAAUUAACAAUCCAACCGUGUGUAUGACGUGUCCCAGUAGCCAAUCAUAAUAUAUAUAUAUAUGUUAUAGAUCGAGCUGCUCCAGUAACUGUUGCUAAGAUGGCGGACUCUGAAGAUCUACAAAUACAACCUGGAGAGAUAUCGUACAAAGAGGAGACACCUCUGAUCGAACAACAGCAGUCUUGGACAAGAAUGGACAAGCUCCUUUUGGUAUUUUCCAUAGUUAUGAAUCUGGGAGAUGGUGUGGAAAUGUAUUUACCUGGAGUGAUAGCACAGCAAGUUUCGUGUGACAUUGAACUGUCUCCAUUACUGGAAGGUAUACUUCAGUGUAUACAGUAUUUCACCUUAGCUGUAGCUACUGUUACGUCGGGGCUGUUAGCUGACAGGUUUGGAACGCGAGAGUUAACCCUGUUUUCUCUUUAUCUGAGUGUUAUCAGUACAGUGGUCUGCGCUGUAGUGGCUGAUUAUGCAACGCUCCUCCUUUCUAGAGCCCUCAUAGGGUUUUGUGUUGGGCUCAACUUAUGGAUUCACAAUGUUAUAGUUACUGAGUUGGCCUCAAGUAAGGAGGUUUUAAGUAAUAUAUCGUUGAUAGGGUCCACCAUGUACACAUUUGGGGGAGUCUGGGUACCAGUAUUGGGAUCCAUACUGUUAGAUGUGGUAGAAUGGAGGGUAUUCAUACUUCUCACAUCAUUACCUUUCUUCCUGCCACCAAUUUUUAUGCUUCAUUUCUGUCUUGCAGAUACAGCAGGUUCACAAAUGCAAGACAAACAGAAUGAAGCAACGCAAGUUGAAACAGUGGCCGUGCCAAACCUUGUUACCAGACUCACUAAACUUUGUUUUUAUCGUGCAGUGCUCAUGUUUCAAGGCUGGCUCACCAUUCUCCUUGUUCCAGCCAUGAUUCAGCUGAUCAAUAUCAGAAAAGCGGGACUGAAAAGUGACUGCCAUGAGACUGCAACUCAAGGUACAGAACUUUUUAUAUUGGCUCUUGUCACAUUUGCAGCUAUACCUGGAAAAUUGUUUGGCGGUUUCCUCCAGAAAAGAGUGUCUUUUCGCAAAUCGCAGGUAGCAGUUGGCAUCCUCAAUGUGGGCAUUUUUGCAGCGAUGCUUAUACAGGAAAACUUAGUGGUAGUUGCUGUGACUAACUUUAUCGUUAAGUUCUUGUAUGGCAUCAGCUCCAUGGCUACCUAUUACAUUCUCAUCGAUAAAGAGUUCUUCGGAGAGACAAAAUAUGCAUCGGCCUCCGGUAUUGCGUAUGGUAUGGGCCUGGCGGGAGGAGUAGCUGGGACGGCCACAGUCGCUUUUGCACCAACAUUACAUGUUACAAUCACUGCAUUAGUCCUUAGUGCACUACAGAUUCUGUUAGCGAUUUCCAUGACAGAGGUUGAAAAAAGGAUAACAUCAUAAAUUUAGUCGACCUCUCGGGAUGAAAUUGAAACAUACGAAGGAUAUGGUACGAAAUCAACCGUCACUUUGUGUUACCUAUCGAGUCCUCCUCCUUGAAUUCCACAUCAAUACUACUAUACUAAUUAUGCCGGUUGGAUUGAUUGCCCUGGAUUGUUACAGAACAACGUCAAUUAUAUCUCUUGAGAUAAUGCAACAGUUGUCAACUUUACACUUCAAUAACAAUAGACUUACAAUUUCUAUGAUAGACUGCAUUUCUAAUUAUAAUCCUUUGUCCUUCAGUGCCAGUUAGCAGUUCUUGAUACAUUUUUCGUUGUUGUUAAAUGUUAAUUUCAUAAGAGAAGUGCAGAUUAAGAUAUAAUUUUUUCGAAAAAUAUUCAAGGCAAAAUCUUUUCUACUAUCAAAUAAACUUCGGAUACAAGUUGUACAUUGUACAAUCAUACUUUUUAAUAUAUAAUAGCUAAUAUCACGCAGAGGGAUCUUAGAAAAACUGCGUUAUAAAAUAAAAAGAUACUUGACUUUUCAAACAUUGUCCCAACUGAACCUUUUUAUCUGUCAUUAGCAUGCAUUUGUACCGGCCACAGUUUGUAGGCAGUGCAAGGCAUGCUCUUACCCAUAUCAACAGUUAUCACUUUUCAAUAACUUUUCUGAUCCAUCUGCAGACCUGAUUUUAACAGUUUCUACUCAUUCUUAGUUAAGUAUAAUUCGUAUUAAUUGGUUCUUUGAGCUACUCCAAUUUCCAAUGGUGCCUUAAGCUAGCAUGUUUCGAUUACUUAUAGUACUACUAUCGUAAGCCUGGAGUGCCACGUACACGUCAGUUCUCAUCAUGGUAUUGGUAGAUAUUUGAUUUUACUGUACUAUAUAAGUCACUACCAUUAUCAGUAUCAGAGUCAUCAGGCUAUUGCUGAAGUGCCACGUAGGUGAUUGCCCGGAAGGUUUGGAGAUAUGAUCUUCUCAUCAGUCUGUCCUUCACGGGGGUUUGUUUGCUUGUUGUUUGCUUGUUGUUUGCUUGAUAUUAUUAUGGAAAAUGCUAUACUCGGUGCGACUUCGACAAACUAAUUUGUUUUUAAUACUUUACUUUAGAGCAGACCAUUUUUUUAUCUACUGUAAAUCAAAAUAAUCAACUAGCGGAUUGAUUGCUGUAUCUGUGAUAACAUUAUGUUUAAUUUUAACAAAUAAGACAGAUAUAAUACGUAAAUGCAAAUGCUAAAAGCAUUAAAGUUUAGAAAAAAUAGUAUAGUGUAGUAAUAGUUAAUACGGAAUCGUUUUAAAUUCAUUUUAAAAUUGUAAGCUAUGAUUACAGAAAUCAACUUAUUGUGCCCAUUGAUCAAGAUAACAAUGAAUAAUUGUCUCUAUCCUCGUACCCUCCACCAUCAGGUAUCACGUGAUCAUGUGUUUACGCGUACUGCGGUCGCUCGCUACUGCAAGUUAGACCAAGUAUCACGUCAUCAUCAGAGGCAUCAGCACUUAGCACCCAGUUAGCAGGCACCGCAACUUUUAGCGCAAUUUUCCAAAAGAUAUGCUGAUCUUGAGUUUCCGUUACAGUUCCCCUUAAACAUUGUUAAAAAAAUUUUACAUUGUCCAGGCACCACAGCCUCCAAGGUAUCAGUACAUGGUGAUUGAGCUGAAAAGUUGUAAUAUUAAAUACGCGUUAAUUAAAGAUUAAUUAAGGAUUAAAUGAGUGCAUCUCCCACCAGUUGUAGUUGGGCUCAAUGGAUUAUCUGAAUUUCUUAUAAACUCUAGUCUCACAUUAAAUACAUCCAGAACAAUCCUAUUCCCUAUCAAAACGAUACACUAAAUGCAGCAAAAGCUGAAAUUGGGUUACAUUGUAAAUGGGUAAUGUUUAAAAAAUGUAAAGUGUAAACAUACCAAUGUAAUGUCGAUAUCAUGUAUUAUUUAUAAAUAAGUCGAUGGAAAUUUGGUAUUCACAAAUUAAAUCAGAUUAAAAAAACCACCAUUUUGUUAACCAUAAGAUCCAGCCACGAGUAGAAAUACUGCCACAAUCUUCAUCAUCAUCAUCAUAGCUCCUUGAUAUCUGUAUUGCGAUUGCUAUAUUGAUUUCAUGAGUAUUAUAUAAAAUAUGAAAGAAAGGUGGUAUCGAUAUGAUAAUACAGAUCGUGGAUACACCGGUUAAGAAAUUGUUAACAUAAUCUUAAACAGUAUUGAGUAUUGCUCUAUAAUGAACUGUGGCCAGAAAUGUUUGUUGAUAAAACAAUUAAACUAUGGAGAACGACCUCAGUAUCAAUAC